GCGGGGAAGGGGAGGAGACACACACACAUCAGCUCCGUUCCUCCGUUCUCGAGUAACCGGGCAGGAGGAGGCGAGCGCGAUCAGACUUCCAGGUGUGUGUAGAUGCAUGUGUGUGUUCCAAUCACACCUGGAUGAAUCAUGUGAUCAAAUACCUGGGCGUGGAGCUAGCGUUCAGUGUGUUAUUCAGUAACAGGGAUCACGGAAAAGAAGAUCUGUGUCUCUCCGCGCGUGAGUGACAUGUGAACUUUCCGUGCACCGGGAAUCUAUUCCUCUCAAUCUGAAGGGAAUCCGUGGUCUGGACGCUGUACUGCUAAGGUGGAGCAUCUGAGCAAAACUGACGGCAGCAGCUCUGGUGGAGAACAGUGACUGGAUCUAAAACCUUCAGAUGACACACAGCUCAUAUCUCGGUCACUAGAUCUUGAGAUAGCAGACCAAACAAUAGGAAGAGAAGCCAAGAGAACGGGACCAGAAGACAACACAAGCUGGACUCAAAUUCCCCACGCCACAUCUCCACCUGAGCUCUAUAUUAAUGCGCCAACCCUUUCAACCUUUUCAACCCCUUCAACCCUUUCAACAACACAGCAAACAACCUGCAGAAAUCGCAUUUAAGGACUACAACAAACGACUACAACGAGCUUCUUUCCAGUGCCGUGGAGGUUGAACAGACAGACACCUCACUCUUAUGUCAAGCAUCAAUUAAAGCAAUUUUCACCUUGGAACAAUGGCCACCUGGUUACCAGCGGUCCUACUGGUGCUACAAGUAAUCGCUGCAUCCUCCGAAGAGCCCAUACUCGAGUUUUCCACAGACACGCCCAUCAAUAACGUGGCACAGGACUCCCAGACCGGGCGUGUUUACCUGGGUGCGGUCAAUACUAUUUAUCAAUUGGACUCUUCAUUGAACCUUGAGGCCAGAGCCGAAACGGGGCCCAAGAAAGAUGCGAGGGGUUGCACACCUCCAGUGUCUACUUGCCAGGACCUGAAAGACACCAACAACACCAAUAAACUGUUGCUGGUUAAUUCGGCUAACGGGUCGCUGAUAGUCUGUGGGAGUUUGUACCGAGGAAUCUGCUCUCUGCUCAACCUCACCAACGUCAAAGAGCAGAUAUACUACAGCGACAGCAAAGGGGAGCGGACUUAUGCCGCUAGCACCGAAGAGCACGUUUCCGUAGUGGGUGUCAUGGCCACACUCAAAAUCGAUGAUAAACCAUUCAACGUCUUUUUGGUCGGCAAGGGCUAUGGAAGCAUGGACAGCUCGAAACUCAUCAGCACCAGAAUCGUGCAGAACUACCGUGACUGGGUCGUGUUCGAGAGCAUCAUUGAGGCGUCUACGGUCCAAGCAGUUCCCUUCGUGCCGAAGUACCUGCACGACUUCCGCUUUGCCUUCAAAAACGACGACUUCAUCUAUUUCCUCUUUUCACGCACUCUUGGUGGGACGGACAACAAGAACUUUACUUUCGUUUCACGCCUCUGCGAGAACGAUACUCACUAUUAUUCGUACACGGAGCUUCAGCUUAGUUGCGGCCAGAAGAAUCGCUACAAUAAAGUCCAGGCUGCGUAUUUGACAGAGCCGGGGAAAGAGCUGGCCCAGGCCAUGUCCGAAUCCGGAGAGUAUGGGAAUGUCCGGGAAUGGGAUAAAGUCCUGUUCGUGGUGGCUAGCUCAGAGGAAGGGGCCACUGAAUCAGCUCUGUGUAUGUACCCACUUAAAAACAUCAACCAGAAACUGUUGGCCAUAGUUACCGCUUGCUACACGGACAACGGCAAGAUUGACGACAGAUUAGUUGUGCAGAGUCCCUACACAUCCAGUAAAGAUGAUCCAUGUGUCAAACACAGUAAAGACAUUGUGAACCUGAAUAAGUGCGGAGCUGAUUUUCUUCCGUCUCCAUUGGCCAGUCGACAGGAGUUUGCCUUGAAGGCCAAUCCCAUGUUCAUCAGACAGAACCUGCUGACCGCAGUGGCUGUGGCUGUCGAGAAUGAUCACACCAUUGCCUUUCUGGGGCACAAUGCUGGAGAGGUUAUCAAGGUACAUUUGUCAAGCCAGCCAGAGGCGUACAACCCCGGUCCGGGCUACAAAACCAGCGGCUACGUAAAUAAGAACCUUUUCUUUGACAAAACCAAGGCGCACUUGUACAUCACCACAGAGAAAAAGAUCACGAAGGUGCCCGUACAGGCCUGCCAUCUGAAGAAGGACUGCCAGACCUGCGUCAAUCAGAGAGAUCCAUACUGUGGCUGGUGUGUCCUGGAGGGAAGAUGCACCAGGCGAUCGGAGUGCAGUCGUGCGGAGGAAAAGAACGGUUGGCUGUGGAGUCCAAGCCAACAGUGUGUGAAAAUCGUCUCUUUCCACCCGCCAAAUCUCAGCUGCUUGAAGUCCCAGCAGGUGGAGAUAAACGUCCGACUGCUGCCGAUCCUAAGAGAUUCCGACCGCAUCCACUGCGACUUUGGCUUUUAUCGCAACAGCGCCAGGAUGGUGGACGGCCGAAUCAGUUGCCACUUACCUGAACAGCAUCGUAUACCCCCGACACCUGCACACCAAGAUUUCGUGGCGGUUCCGGUCAGCAUCUUUGUGAACGAUAGUGUGAAGGUCGCAUCCAGCGAGUACAAGUUCUACAACUGUGCAGCGGCAGUCCGGAAAGCAGAAAAUACACCAUGCACUUCCUGUGUGAGCAGCGCUUGGGGAUGUCAGUGGAACAUUGCGGCGCACACCUGCACGGAUCUGAGCGACGCAGAAACCGGCUCCAGUAUAAUCAAACCCAGACAGAACAAGAGCUGUCCGCGGUUCGAGAACCCAGAUCCCGUACUUAUCCCGGUCGGACACAAAACCCGGAUCAGUUUUGAGGGCAUCAACCUGGACCCGUAUAAGGGUCGUGAUUUCACCAUUGGAACGGAGUUGAUGAAGCAUGAGGAGGAUGUCAAGACAGAGACGGGACCCUUCUACUCUUUCAGUGGAUAUGUGUUUUCCUUUGAUAAAGCUCAUGAGACCAACGUUCUGUUCCACGUAAGAGAGAAAUUGACGGGAAAGAAGAUCGACAGCAGUCUUAGUGUCACUCUGUAUAACUGCUCUCUGGGACGUGAAGACUGCAGCUUAUGUAAGAAUGCCGACCCCAAAUAUCAGUGUGUGUGGUGCACACAAAAAAACUUGUGUGUGUACGACCAGCUUUGUGCCUCUAAAGAGCCGGAGGAGUGUCCCGACCCCCAGAUCACUGACAUCACGCCGAGAUACGGGCCGCUGAAAGGAGGAAUAGCUGUCACGAUUAAGGGCUCGAACCUGGGCAUUCAGACGGACGACAUUAAAAGCAUCACAGUAGCAGGAGUGCCGUGCACACACCUGCGGGAACGUUACUCGGUCUCAACCAGUGUGGUGUGUGAAAUUGGGUCGACGCCACUGUACAGAUCCGGAGAGGUGGAAAUAGAGGUGGGCAGAGGAAAAAAAGGUGUAUCCACAAAAUCAGUCCUCUUCACCUACAGGGACCCCGUAGCAAAGAAGGUGUCUCCUAAACGAGGUCCUAAAGCAGGAGGAACCGCCCUGACUAUUAGUGGGAUUGGCCUGAACACAGCUUCAAAAGAAGACCUUCAGAUCUUCGUGGGCGACGUGGCCUGCAGAGUUGUGAGCUUUGGAGAACAGAUUACCUGUAAAGUGUCUGAGUAUCUGGGUGAUACGGUUCCGUCAUCCCUCCUCGACGUCACAGUUCAUUACGGCACACACACCACAGCCAGCGUCGAGAAGGCCUUUGAGUUCUACAACAACCCCUCUGUGUCUGACCAUCAACCCAAGAGCAGCUUCAUCUGUGGUGGCAGAAAAAUCCUGGUGGUCGGUUCUGAAUUUGACCUGGUCCAGAAAGCGACUCUCAGGGUGGUGGCGUCGGCUGGAGAAUGGUCCGAACCAGGUGCCCCAGAGGAGUUUGUCGAGAGCUUCAAGCACAAAAACGACACCGUGAUCAUGUUCCUGUCCCCUGCGGUCAACGAGUCUCAGUUCUUCAGGACGUACGUGCAGCUGGAUAACAUCCAGAAGGAGCUGACGCCGUUCGAGUAUCACCCCAACCCCACGUUCGAUCAGCUCAGCAAGAAUGUGAUCACUGAAAACAGCAUGAUCAUCGUCACCGGUCGGGGUUUUUCCAAAGCGAUGACGGCGAGGGAGGCGCAGGCGUUUGUGGGUGAUGUUCAGUGUAACGUCAACACGCUCCAGGACGAUAAAUUAUUCCUGGACCCGCCGUCGACCGCACCCAGAGCUCGCUCCAAGAGACAGAGGAGAGACACCGGCUCCGACCCGCUGGACCUGCUGAUUAAGUUUGGCAACGGCGAGUGGUUGGUCGGCUCUGUUCAGUACGAGAGGAAGUACAGUCUCCCGUUGCCCAUCAUCAUCCCGGCUGUGGUCGUUCCCAUGCUGCUGAUUAUCGCCAUCUCCGUCGUCUGCUACAGGAGGAAGAGCCAGCAGGCAGAACGAGAGUACGAGAAAGUGAAGCAUCAGCUGGAGAAUCUGGAAGAGAGUGUUCGUGACCGCUGCAAAAAGGAGUUCACAGAUCUGAUGAUCGAAAUGGAGGACCACACUAACGACAUAAGCGAGGGCCGGAUCCCGUUCCUGGACUACAAGACUUACACGGACCGUGUCUUCUUCCUGCCCUCUAAGGAUGGCGCCAAUGACGUCAUGAUCACCGGCAAACUGGAUAUCCCAGAAUCCCGCAGGGCUACGGUCACCCAGGCACUGAACCAGUUCUCCAACCUGCUCAACAGCAAAACCUUCCUCAUUAAUUUUAUCAGAACGCUGGAGGGCCGUCCGGAUUUUAACGCCAGGGCCAAAGUGUAUUUCGCGUCUCUGCUGACUGUAGCGCUUCACGGUAAACUGGAGUAUUACACAGACAUCAUGAGGACGCUUUUGCUGGGGCUCAUGGAGGAUUACGUUCACAGCAAGAAUCCUAAACUGCUGCUCCGCAGGUCUGAGACGGUGGUGGAAAGAAUGCUAAGUAACUGGAUGUCCAUCUGUCUCUAUCAGUACCUAAAGGACUCCGCUGGAGAACCGCUCUACAAACUCUUCAGGGCCAUAAAGCACCAGAUUGAAAAGGGGCCAGUGGACGCACAGGUUAAGAAAGCCAAAUACACGCUGAACGACACCGGCCUUCUCGGAGAUGAUGUGGAGUACGUUGUGCUGACGCUGCAGGUGCUGGUGCACGGGGAGGGGCCUGACAUCACCCCGGUAAAGGUGCUGAAUUGUGACACGAUCUCUCAGGUGAAGGAGAAGAUCAUCGAGCAGGUGUACAAAAACCUGCCGUACUCUCAGAGACCCAAAGUAGACAGCGUCACCCUCGAAUGGCGUCCCGGCUCCACAGGACAGACCCUGUCAGAUCUAGACGUGACGUCACAGAAGGAGGGCAGGUGGAGACGCAUCAACACGUUGGCGCAUUAUAACGUACGUGAUAACGCAACAGUGGUCCUCUCCAGGGUUCAACACACACAACAGUCGUACGACCAAAAUCACGAUAACCAUGAAGAGAGAAACGCCCUGCUGGAGGAUGAUAAAGUUUUUCACCUGGUGCGACCGGCUGACGAGCUGGAUGAGAUGAAGUCUAAGAGAGGAAGUAUAAAGGACAAAUCCAUGACCAAAGCCAUCACAGAGAUAUAUCUCACCCGACUGCUCUCCGUCAAGGGAACGCUGCAGCAGUUCGUGGAUGAUUUCUUUCGCAGUGUGCUCUGUUCUGGCGCCACCGUCCCGCCGGCGGUUAAAUACUUUUUUGACUUCCUGGAUGAGCAAGCCCUAAGACACGAGAACGUAGAUGAGGAAACCAUACACAUCUGGAAGACCAACAGUUUGCCGCUGCGUUUCUGGGUGAACAUUCUGAAGAACCCUCAUUUCAUUUUCGACGUGCACGUGAGCGAGGUCGUGGACGCCUCUUUGUCCGUCAUAGCUCAGACCUUCAUGGACGCCUGCACGAAAACAGAGCACAAACUCAGUCGGGAUUCUCCCAGCAACAAAUUACUCUAUGCAAAGGAGAUCUCCACCUACAAAAGGAUGGUAGACGAGUACUAUAAAGGAAUUCGGCAGAUGGUGUCAGUCAGUGACCAGGAAAUGAACACACAUCUGGCUGAAGUGUCACGGGCACACACAGAUAAACUGAACACACAAGUGGCUCUUCACCAGCUCUACCGGUACGCCAGUAAAUACUACGAUGGGAUCAUCAUGUCUCUGGAUGAAGACCCUGCCGCCCAGAGUAAACAGUUAACACUGAGACUGCAACAGAUCGCCGCAGCACUGGAGAACAAAGUGACCGACCUCUAACCCUGUCAGAGAGAGAACGCUGUACGAACACUCAGUGUGUAUUUAGCUCAUCACUAUAAUCAGAUGUUCAAUUUCUUCCUGUGUAGAGACAAAAGGUUUUAAGAAUUGUAUUCUAUAUUUUUUUUAAUGUGCAGUCUUUAUGCAGAAAGCUUUAUAAGAGGAAAAUAACUUUUUAAAUAGACGGCCUUGUGUCAGUUGUUUUUAAAGCUUCUGUGUGUGUGUGUGUGCAAGAGUGUGUGUGUGUAAAAGGAUGCCUAUAUUUUGACCAAAAGGGAGCUGCCCAUGACCCUGCGGUGUGUGUAUGCAGGGGGUGUGCCUACAGUGAGGUCAUAUCUGGUAUCGUCCAAUCAAAAGCAGUUGAAGGUGACAGUAGGGGAUGUGUUUGGAAAACCAUACUAGCAUACUACUAGUACUAUCUCUAUAGUAUGUACUGUAUUUGUAUAGUGUGCAAAUGAUCUGUAGAUGUAACAUUUGCCAAAACAGUCGGCAAUUUUUUGCUAGCAAAUUCCAGUCAUUUCAAUACGAAUCCAUGCGAUUGUGAAUUUCAGUUGAAGUACUCCUUUUUAACUCAUUAUUUGACUGCCAAAAGAAAUGUUACUAGACAAAAUUGGUUGUACAAUUUCAUAAUUAUAUCAUAUAAAUACAGUGUAUACUGCAGUUUGCUAGUAUGUGAUUUCAAACAUAUCCAUUUAGACGUUCAAACGGCCGUCCAUUUCAUUACCACCUGUUUCAGUUCAGCCAUAUGGACUCACUAGUAGAUCCACAGAUAAUCAACACAGGCAAUAAUAAAUAUAAAAUACGUUGUUAUAAGGCAUUUCAUUUUUGUGUAUGAUGGUAGCUACGAAAAGUCUUUAAUUUCAGAAAGUCAUUUUAUUGUGAAAGCUUCGCCACUGACUGAAUUUAUUCCACACGGCACAAAUACUCGAUGCACAGGACAGAUUUUUGGCAGUGCCUGAUGCAAACGUGUCUGAGGCCUAAAACAGAACUCUAUUUCAGCUUGCACCGAGUGUGCCUGGCCUUCGAGAUGUUUUCGCGCGCAAAGCUGAGAGGAUUGACUGAAAGCUUCUCAUUUGACUCUUUGUGGCUCCGUUGGAAGGGUUUAGAUGUGUGAUCUGGAACGUUAAUGGCUUUAUUUUGGCAGAGAGGAUAAUGACACACUAAUUUGUUUGUUAUCUGCCACUAAACAAGAUGGUACUAUAGAACUCAGCCAAAACUCUGCUCCGAGAGACGCUUUUAUCUUUGUACGAAACCUUUUUUUUUUUACACAUUUGUGGCCAUUGCAUUUGAUUUAGUGUCUUAAAGAUACAAAGAAAAGCUCAAAGCCUUUUGUUUUUGUGUUACAGGCUGAUUUUUCUUUUCUAAUUGCUAAUGCUGGUCGGAGCAGGUGUGUAUUAGUUAGGCGGAAGGGACACUCUCAUUCUAGAGAGCUUUGUGGACAAAAGGACAAGAGUCAUCAAUAUUUUUGGUCUGUCCCGCCCAGAUAAAAAGGUGAUGUGUAUAUUUGCAUUUCAUGCAUAUAUACUACUGUUCAAAAAUUUGGGGUUGGUAAGAUUUUUUUUUUUUUUAUGUUUUGAAAGAAUUCUUUGUUCACCAAGGCUGCAUUUACUUCAAAAUACAGUAAAAAUGGUAAUAUUGUGAAAUAAUAUUACAAUUUAAAACAACAGUUUUCUAUGUGAAUAUAUUUUAAAAUGUAAUUUAUUCCUCUGAUUCAAUCAGCAUCAUUACUCCAGUCUUCAGUGUCACAUGAUCCUUCAGAAAUCAUACUAAUAUGCUGAUUUGAAGAAACAUUUCUGAUUAUUAUCAAUGUUGAAAACAGUUAUGCUGCUUAAAAAUUUUGUGAAAACCGUGAUACCGUGUAACCAUUUUUAUCAGGAUUGGACGAUGGAUUCUGAUGAAUAAAGUUCUAAAGAACAGCAUUUAUUUGAUAUAAAAAUCAUUUUUAACAUUCGAAAUGUCUUUACUGUCACUUUUGAUGAAUUUAACGCAUCCUUGCUGAAUAAAAGUAUUCAUUUCCUUCAAAAAAAAAUCUUACCCCAUACUUUUGAGUGCUAGUGUACAGUAUAUGCUAAAAUUAAGCAAUAAGGUACAAGAAUGUAAGCUGUGUCCCAAUUCAGAAGCUGCAUCCUUCAAAGGCUGCUAAGUUCAACCCGAGCGUUGACAAAUGGUACGGUCUAGCCUACAGAGGAUUGUUCUCAUCUCCUGGCAGCUGUGACAGCUGACACAUUUGAAGGAGCAUUCGAAUUGACCGAUCGCAAAGACUCGCCCCCUUUUGUUACUGUCACUACAUGCCGCUCUCAUGCCACACAUCAUGUUCUCACGCAGCAUUGUUGCCAAGUCUGCAGUUUUCCUGCAGAAUUGGGCUACUUUAACACUGUUGCCGCGGGUUGUUUUUCAUGUCCGCUGGUUGAAGCGACCCCAAAUAACAUGAUAUUUAGUCCCUGAAAUGCGAUUUUAACCAUGGGGAGCCCCCUGAAACGUGAUUGGGCUAGUAUUGAGUAGCCAUUAGGUGGGUUUUGUUAUGAAAACCUGGCAACCCUGUCAUGCAGUGAAAAAUACAUUGCUGAGCAAAGAGGACACUGACAACGUGUCGACUGACAAGACAAAGCAGGUUACUUUUGAUAUGAAACAGUCUCAAAUUUUGUAAUUUUUAAAAAAAAUUUAAACAAUAAAUACCGUUUUGUGGCUCUUUAAUGUGUCGUGACAGAUCGCUGUAGCGCCUCAGGCUCGUGAACCGAUCAUCUCUUCCUACUAGUUCAUUUAUAGCAUCAAAUAAACAUGAAUGAACAUCAGAAGGAAUGUUGUUUCAACCGCGGAACGACGUCAGUGUCGGACAAAAUGGCGGAUUUGGCGUUAUGAUUGGUUAGAUUGCCUGUCAGUCAAAACCCCGUGAAGACUGUAUUGGGACGCAGCUAUAGUAACGGCUGUUUUGUUAGGAGUAACAUGGCCAUGAUUGAUAUUGUUUAACUGUUUCUACGUAAUAAAAAUAUUAAGUACUUUUCAUUAAAGCAUUAUUUUAUUAUUGUGUCAUCCUUAUGCCAUAAAACAUAGUCAAUGAUAUGUAAACUUAUUUAUUUUGUCAGCAUUUAAGAGUACAUUCGCAUAUAGAUGUUAGCCUCGUUACAUAAAAACCACAAAACUCCAAUUUUAAUUUUACAGGGUCUUUAAACAGGUUUUCUGUGAACGUGGCCCACAGAACUCGUGUUUUUUAGCGGUUCAGGGAGUUUCACAGCCUGCCGGUCACUGAUCUGAGAGCAGCGGUAUCACGGUAGCAGAUGGCUUGCGAUGUCGGACGUUGAGAUUCCUCGGGUUCUGUAGAGAGUUGGGCGGCGCUGCUUGGCGUGAAGCUCUUUGGCGCGGCCCUCCCUCUCUCUUCCCUUCCGCUUUAAUACAACCAGCGGGAGCUGCGUUUGAUCCUAACUGCAUGCGUGAUGCUGACUCCAUGCUUUCCAAUCUACCCUUGCCCCUUUCGCUUUCAUCUUAAAGGGAUUGUUCACGCAAAAAUAAAAAUGGAAUCGUCAUUUACGCAACCUUACACUGCAAAAAAAUUAUCUUACUCAGUAUUUUUGUCUUGUUUUCAGUACAAAUGUCUAAACAUUCUUAAAUCAGCAUACAUUUAGCCUAGUUGAAAAGCAAAAUGACAUUUUUCUGGGGGGAAAAAAAUCUGCAAAAGUAACCUUGUUUUCCCUUUGAAUUAAGAAUAUUUUUCUUACCCCAUUUGCCAGGUAUUUUUUUGUUUUAAGCAUAAACUCAUUUUAAUAUUUCUUCAGAAUGUUUAGCUGUUUGUACUGGAAAACAAGACGAAAAAUACUAAGAAAAUAAAUCAUUUUUUUGCAGUGCAUGUCAUUCCAAAUUCCAUGCAACACAAAAGAAGGAAUUUCUGAAGAAUCUUCACACAUUUCCUGCCAUAAAAAGACAAAAAUGUACAUAUAAACAAUUCAAAAAUUCCUACUUUUGUGUUCCACUGAAAAAAUAAAAGCUUUAAUGCCGUAAUUUUCAUUUUUACGAUGAACUAUCCCUUUAAAGCACAAGCACAGAUGCAAGCCUCCGUAGUCAAGUGUAAAAUGCUUCUUUUAACGCCUUUCUGUAGCCAAAACGUGCCUUAAAAGUGUUUAAAUGUGACGGUGCGGUGAUGUUGAAGAUGUCGGGGUGGGUGGGUUUUCGGUAGUUGUGGGGCAUGUAGAGGUCAGAGGUCGUGGCGUACGUGAAGUGUGGUGUUAGACAUCAGUAAGUGCAGUAUUCAGAGGUGUGCUGUAGCCAGAAUAUGCCAAUAUAUUUGAACAUGCUGUAUGUAUAGAGCAAAAGCGCCGUUUUUAAUACCGUGCAGAUCUUUUGGGUGUUUGUGGUGAGUGUGUGUGCGUGUGCUUUUUAGGAGUUUUACUGCAUUGGGAAAAACGCUCGAGCUGAAUAAAUGUGCGGAGGAGAAUGUCAAAACGUUCCCUCUGGACAGCUGCCAUUACGUUUGGUCUUUAUGCAAAACGAAUUAUUGAUUAGCACAAAUGUUUUUAUUAUUGUACCGACCCGAAAUUGUGUUUCAAUGGUGUGUAUGAACAAACAAUCUGUACACGACCUUUUCUUACUGCUGUGCAGUUAAUAUCUUUAUUUUAUGUCCUAAAGAAAAUAUAUGCCUUUGUAUUAAAAUGCAAAUCUGUCUACACUGUUCUCCUGUGCGUUAUGCUCUGAAAAAACUUGUUUGUUGUUGUCGACAUUUUUUUUUUCACCCUUUCACUUGUGAAUGUGUAGAGAGCAAAGUAUUCUGGGAUUGCGGAGGACGAUGAGUGUUCUUUCGGGCUCUCAGAGGACUGAUGUCGUAUGUGUGAACUGUGCCGCCACAGGUCCAACAUGCCGUCUGAUCCUUGUGUGAAUAAAUAUACACGUCCAUUUCUCAA